AUGAAUAAAAACCCUACGGGCACUACGCCCAAAAACUCCACAACCAAUCGUUCACACACACCCAUCUCAAAUCCAACCAUUUCUACACUUAAAACCAAAAUAAAUAAACCACCACAAAAAACCGCGUCGAUUCAACAAUCAACCAAAAACAUAGUAGUGCAAGGCACCGACCGUAAUAUCGGUGUUCCCUCCACCCUAACGAGCAAUCAUACCUCACGCAUCGCAAUCAAGAACCCCCUUCUACUCUCCGCCACAACGACACCGUCCAGCGAUAACAACCGCGCCGCAGACACUAUCGCUAAACACACAAAUAAUAAUAUAUCCACUAAUGACCUACCUAUAAUAUCUUCAUCGAAUAAGACGGACAACAACAAUAUAAACUUCGCGUCUGCUGUCGCCAUGGAAAAAAACCCCAGCCGUGAACAAGCCUUGGUCUUUAACACUAUUGAUGGAAUACCACAAAAAGAUUAUGUUCUUGCAAUAGGAAAAAUUGUUUCUCCUAAAAAUAUAACGUUUAUCUCUAGAAUCUCGAAUAAUCGUUUUUGCAUCUUUCUGUCCAGCAAACAAAUACUCGACAAUUUAUUUCAAAAAACUCAAUCAAUCAAUAUCAAUGAUCAAACUAUACCUAUACGCAGAUUGCUAAACCCGGCAAAAAGAUACAUUAUAUCAAAUGUAUGCCCAUCUAUACCCAACCAAGCAAUCACAAACGCACUAAACGGAUUAGACAUUUUUCCCAUAUCUCAAAUCAGCCACCUCAAAGCGGGUAUUAACAUUGAAGGUUUCGAGCACAUAAUGAGCUUCCGAAGACAAUUAUACAUCAAACACGAAGACAUUCCUAAACUCCCCAACUCAUUGGUUAUUACAACAAACGAAUCUCAAUUCAGAAUUUUUUUCACCGAUGAUAUAGUUACUUGUUUCAUAUGCAAAGCUAGCGGGCAUACCUCAAGUAAUUGCAAAAAUAUAAAUGCCACACAAAGAAAAAACUCAUCAUCUAGCCCAAACAAACCCGAUGAAUACGCUAUAGAUCACACCGAAUUAAUUGAAAAUAUCCGCUCUCCGACAAGUCCAACCCUUGAUAUCCUUGACCAAACCAAAUCAGACUUGACCGAAGAUUUAGAAGAAACCAAAUUUUUCCCUCUAACUCAAAACCAUUUCGAUGAAGCACUUUUCCACUCACCAAUUGAAACACAAAAAAGACUUAUGUCUGAUUCUUCAUCAUCUAAACCUCCAGAUUCCCCUAAUGCUUUACUACCAUCUACCUUAGUUAAAAAAAAUGAAAAAACCAUCAAGAAACCAAAAAUACAAUCUCGCUCAAAUUCUUCAAACAGUCUCGAUAUAAAUUUGGACGAAAAACUAAAUCCAAUCAUCGAAUACUACACCGUGAAUGAGCACUUACCAAUCACAUACAUCCAAUUUAAAUACAUUCUGGACAAUUUCAACAAUAAAUCAAUAAACAUCCACACACUUAUCGAAGAUAUAAACACAAGCAUCCCUACCUUAAUGGACAUAAUUGAACAUAUUCAUCCUAAAAUAAAAGACAAGUCACUCAAAUCACGUAUAACAAAGCUAAGAAAUCUACUUUUCCAAUCUCAACCUCUUCAACAAAGUUCUAUCCAAAACUAA